AUGAUACUCCGCUUGCUAACAGUCUUAUUGAUUUACGGGUUCGUAAGAGGAAAACCAUUUCUGGACGACUUCAAAACGAAAUCGCUGACUGUCGAUAUUCGCGGAAGACUAUUGUGUAACGGAGAAGCCAUGGCUUCCACAAGAGUUUUUCUUUACGACGAAGAUCGUGAGUCAUUUAUUUGUUUAAUUAAAACUUAAAAAGUGCGCACAACAUAAUUUGUUUUAACGACAUUAUUUAUAGUGAAAGGUUUGAACGCUUAUUCGCACCUUUCUUCAAUGUUUUUUAUUCGAGUACAGGUAUGCCUGAAAACAGUUCUUUAGUCAUACUCACAGCAGUUAGCACCCACUGAGGUGUUAGCAAAAUAGGCGAAAAUUGUGUAUUUCUGUAUUUGAACCUUUCACACAUUGUUAGUACAAAUUUUCAACAAAUUUUGAGACCCGGCGAGUUGGAUCAAAAGUUUCGGAAUAUAUUAUGAUAAUAGCGGAACUUCAGCCCAUGUUAAGAAAAAACUAGAUUUUGCAAAAAGAUAAGAGUUGACCUUUAACCACAAUAUCUAAUUUUCAAAGUAUCUCAAUAAAUUACUCGAAGUUGAUAAAAAUAUGUGAUAAAAAUCCGGCUUUUCAGGCUUUGUUGACGAGUUUAUGAGUGUUGCUACAACGAACAACAAUGGUUAUUUCAAAGCAAAAGGAAAGGCGAAGGAUUCGGAUGGAAAAAUUGAACCCGUGAUUAUGUUCUACCACAAGUGCAGCGUUUACAUCAAGCCGAAGGUUGUUCUAAUACUUCCUAAAACUUGAAAAAAGUGUUAGAAGUUUUGGUUGAAAGCAUUUUUCACUGAGAAAUCGGCUAGCUUCGACAAAAAAAAACACCAGGAAGCUAAUGAUAGCACGUCCUUCCAGACUUUCCGUCUUUUGGACGAUUUGAUAAUAAACUUCAAACCUUACAUUACAAUGACUUGCUUGUUAAUUGUUAACUCUCACGGAGCUUAGAAGUUCCAGUUCAUAGUGAACGGAUCAUCGAAGGAAAUCGUUUGAAGAAUUAAUAAAUUAUAGUAAUAGGUUUUUUACAGAUUCGUUAGACUCAUCCAUUUGAUGCACACAAGUUUUCAGUUCCUCUGCGACCUAAGAACGAGAGUUUUCCUGGAUCAAGACGUCGUGAACAAUCCGAUGAUGGACGUCGGCACGAUCGACGUGGCCGACUGGAAAAGUACCACGAAGGAACAUUGUUCUUGGCUCCGCUGGUUCCUCCCUGCCUAA